AUGAAUUUUAAGCAGCAAAGUGAAGGCGAUGAUGGCUUUAAUUUAGAUGGAGAAUCAUUUUUUAUUAAGCUAAUCAGGGACUUUAAAAAAACUAUCUUUAACUACGCAUAUCAUUUACUUAAUGGUGAAAGAAUAGGGUUCUUUUAAAGGAUUAUUCUUUUGAUCAUAGAGACAUUUUAGAUAUUGAACUUUUAAUUUUGCUACGAGCUCUCUUCCCUUUGGAAAAACAAAAGCAUAGUUAAUGGAAUAAGAUUAGUGUUAAAAAUUACAUCAAUAUAUUAGUAUUUUGAUGGAAAUUCAUCUAGUUCAUAUUCAACAUACAAGGGAUUGUUUUUUGCACUGUCUUCAAUUUUUCUUUUUUUAUGCCUCAUUUUUAUUUAUGUAAUUAUCAGCUUGAAAAGGAAGAAUACACAUAUUUCUUUUUUAAUUAAUAUUUUGCGCUUCAGCACAGAAUUGCUUGUAACUGUGCUUUUUUUACCUUUGAUUUAACUAUUUCUAAGUCCAUUAAAUUGCCAGAAUGGAAUAAUUGACUCUAAUUAAGUAUAUGUAAUGGCUAACUUCCCUACAGUACAAUGCUUUGGUAGUGAUGAAAUAGCACUUGUAUUUUUAGGUAUUGUUUGUAGCAUUUUGCUUAGUGUGUAUGUAGGCUUAAUGACACUAUUAUUUUUUGGGUGUAGAACAAAUGCAUAAGAUUGUUAUACUAAAAAUUCAGGAAGAGGAGAGUUUUGCUUUUUUAUUCUUAAACUAAUAUUAGCUCUUUUUUACAAUUUUCUAAUGAAUAAGGGGUAUGAUGUUGUCUUUAUAGUUAUAAUGCUUAUCGGAUCAUUUUUGUUGUUCGAUCACUAUUAAUUUAAUUUAACAUAUCAUGACUUCUAUAUUUCAAAGCUAAUAACUGCCUAGCAUGCAAUUAAUCUUUGGACUACUCUCAUGCUUAUUUUAGCUAAAAUUACUGAAAAUUACGAAUUUGAUGGAUCCUCUAUAAUAUGGAUUAUAGGCAUACCUUUUGUAUAUAUAAUUAUUCUUAUGAGAACUGAAUAAAGGUAUGAUAUCUUAUUGAUAAAUACAAAUUAGUAUGACGUAUUAUCUGACCCCUUAAAAUAGUUGCCAUACAUAACUAAACUUUUAGGUAGGUACACUAAAGAUAAGCACAUAUAAAUUAUGUUAGAUGGAUUUUUAGACCAUCAUAGGAAUACUUGCAUUCAAGAAGACUGCCCAUCUAAAAGAAGAUUAGCAAAAACUACAAAAUUCUCUAAAGCUUUAAGAAAUGAAAAAGUUAGUGAAUAGCUUAUUAUGAUUUAUACAGUUAUUUAGAGCAUGUAUUAUUUUGCUUUGCAAAAGUUUCCAAAUAAUACCAAAAUACGUAUUCUUUAUGCAUUAUAUCUUGUUGAUAUAAUGAGAUCUUCACAAUAGGCACUCCAAGAACUCUUGAAUACAGAAAGCGAAAGGCCUGUAUUUGAUGAAGAAUUUAUCAUUUUUAGGUAUAAGCAAGUUAUAGAAAAUGACCUAAUGGAAAAUAGCACAACCCUUGAUGGUUAAAAAGAUUAACAAGGCUCUAGUGAUGUAGUUAAUGAAUUAUCUGUUUAAAAUCAUGAAAGACUCUGUAGGGUUAACAUUGAAAAGAGUACUGCACUUCAUAUAGAAUUUUGGUCUUAGCUUAGUGAAGAUAAUCCUGAUUUAGGUAAAUUAAGUGAGCUAGGCUUUAAAAUAACAAUUGCAAAUUAGAAUGCAGAAGAUUAGUGGAACAGAUUGGAUAGGAUAAAUACUUACAUCCCAUCUUUAAUGAGGAUAUAUGCUAAAUUUUUGUCGGACAUUAUCCAUGACAAAGAUGGAGCUUUCAAUAUUCUUAAAAAGUUGGUUGAUAUCAACUUUAAAAACUAGAAUUCAAAUAAAAUAAGCAAUUUUUUAGAUUUAUCAACAGAUUCUAGGCCUUCAAUUGUUAUAAGUGCAGAAGAUGAUUCUUUUGGAUUAGUUGCUAACAUUAAUUUAGCAGCUGCUUCUUUAAGUGGAUAUAAUAAAAUGGAGAUAUUGAACAGAAAUGUAAGCGCUCUCAUGCCAUAAAUGUAUGCUAGAUAUCAUGAUCAAUUCUUAGAGAGCUAUUUAGCAACUUUAGAACCUAGAAUAUUGAAUGUUGAAAGAAUUCUAUCUAUGAAAAGUAAAUAAGGUUAUAUUUCUCCUUUGAUCGUUUUAGUUAGGCAUGUGCCCUCGUUAAUUCAUGGACUUCAAUUUGUAUCAACUUUUAGAGUUAAUAAAAAUUUAAAAGAAGUCUGUUAGCUAAUUGUAAAUAAAGAUGGAAACAUUGAUAAUAUUGGAUCUUCAUGCAUAAAUAUUUUAAGGAUAGAUAUAAAAAAGCUAAACAAAAAAGACAUACCUAUAACAUCAAUUAUUCCAUCUUACUGGGAUAAUUUAAAAGCUUUUUAAGACAAACAUGGUGCAAUAGUAAUUGUCAUGUAGUCUACAAGAGCAAAAAAAGAAUUUUACGCUAAAAUCACUGCAUAAGAAAUAGUGUUCAGAACUUAUGGACAUUAAGGAUACUUACUCAGAAUAGAAAAAAUUAAAGAAGGAGAAACAGACAUAAAAAUGUAAGAGCAUAAUAAAUUAAAGAACACUGUUAACGAGCUUAGUGUUGUAGGCUAAAAUUCAGCUCUUUAGUAAGCCAAGAAAUCAAAAAUUAAAAAAGCUACAAUUAACCAACAUUUGGUUGUUAAGUUUGAUAGCUAUACUCUAACAUAUGUAGGAGAAAAUUUAGUUGGUCCACCACUAUAGAUUCACGAAGAAGAAAAUGCAAAUGAAACACAGUCUAAUAUUUUUUCAACUCUAUCUGCUGUCAGAUACAAUGCUAAGGAUGAAAUUUAAUAAAACGAUGAAGAUGAAUUGCAAGGAGAUAAAAAUUAAGGUGAAAACAAGCAGUUUAUAAAUUAUGGAUAGGGAAUUAGAACUCUUAGGCUUGUAAAUAACUAAUUUGUAGAUAUCGAAGAACUUAGAUAAAAAGAAGAAGAAGCUGAGGAAGAUAUGGAAUAGGAAUAAUUAGAAGAAGAGGAAGAAGAAAAAAAUUAUAACAAAUAUAGAUAAGAGGAUUAAUUUUCUGCUGUCCAGCAGGAUUCAAAUGAUAGUGGUAAUGUAUUUAAAAAGAAGCACUCGUUUGUAAGAUUUAUUGAGGAAAGUAGAUUUUUACAUUCUUCUUCACUGGAGAAGGUAAAAUUAUUCGCUCUAGGAUUUGUAGUUCUUUGUUCUACUUUUGUGGCUGUAAAUCAUAUUUUGAUUACUUAGUAACUCAACGAAGUAAAUGAACGAGUUUUAGUAUACACUUAAACAACUAUUUUUGCAGCAGAUGGAUAAAGAGAAGUGACAAAAUCUUUAAUAAACUACUAGUAUAACAAAAAGAUACUCACAUCUGUUGUUCCAUCAAAAAUUCUUUCUGAUAUGAGUUCAACUGCUUAGGAAAUGAAGUAAGUGAAUGACUAUAUCGAAUUAAGCAGCCUAAGUUUAUCUAGCUAGCAUUAAAAUUUUUUGAACAAUGAAAAAGUUACUUUAUAUGAUAUUAAUUCUAGUUAACAGCAAACUUUAAAAUUAGCAAAUUAGUAAAUUUUAGCAAGGAUAAAUAACUUAAUUGGAGAUACUACUAUCUAAAGUUACUAUUUCACAGAUACAGACUUCUACUUUCUCGUAUACAACUUAAUGAAUGAUUAUUUUUCAUUUCUUACUACUUAGUCUAAUUAUUAUCUGCAAGAAUUGAAUGACUGGGGGUCUUCUUAGCAAAAUUAAUUUGUAUUAUACCUCAUUUUAUCCGUAGUGUGGUCUCUAUUGUGCUUUAUUGGAUUACUACCUUUCUAUAUUCUAGUUAAUAACUCCUAAUAAUAAAUUUUAACUAUGUUUUUGGAUAUCCCUGUUGUUAGAGUCAAAAAGUUAUUUUCAAAGUGUGAAAAUUUUCUCGCUUGCCUUCAAGGCUCAAACGAAGAUGAUGCAAGCUCCACCUUUAGUGAUAUGUAGGAAGAUGAAGACUAAUCUCUUACAGGUACAAACCUAAGAAGAAGGAGCAAAAAAAGAAGAAAUUUUAGAAUAAACUUAAAAAACAAAUAAAAUUUUUUCCUUCCAUUUAUUUUAAUUAUAAUAAUAUUUGAAGGGUAUUUUAGCUAUACUUAUAUUUUAUCAACAAACAAUGCAUAAAAUAUUAAAACGUUCUUAAAUGAGUUAAAUGUCACUUCAACUUUUGAAUAAUUCUAUGGAUAUUCAUUAAAUUCACUUCAAUUAAUGCUUUUAAAUAAUACCUUUUCAGUUAAUGGCAGUACUUCAGAAAAAUAUGUUAGCUGGGCUAUAAAUUAAAUGUACAAUCUAAAUAAUUAACUCUAAAAAGAGCACUAAGAAAACAUGAAUAUACAUUAAUCUUCGUACAAUUAAGCUUUUAACAUGAUAUUUAUGGAGGAUAGUUGUUAAACUUUAUCCAGUUUAACACUUCUUGAUUAAUUAUAAUGCGAAUAGUUUGCUUAGUCUAAUAUUCGCUAAGGACUUUCUUUAAGUUUAUCAAAACAUAUUGAGAACUUUAUUUCAGUAUAUAAUCAGUAUGAAGCAAAUAAAUCAAAUGCUUAAAACAAUUAAAAAUUAUUAUCUAGUAACGAAACAUAAAUGAUAUAGACUAUGUAAGAUGUCUAUAUUAAAGUUAUGAUGAGAUAUUUAGUUUAAUAGUUUAGAGAUAGUAUUUAAUAGAUGUACGAUAAUAGCUAAACAAUAAGAAUAACUCUGUUGAUUCUAGCUAUUAUAAUAAUAAUAUUACUAUAUAUAUCUAUCUUAGUACCAAUUUUGAAUACAAUUUCUAGAGAAAUAGUUAGGGUAAGAUCUAUGAUUUUUAUGAUUCCAUUAGAUAUUAUUGCAAGUGUUAAAUCCAUAAAAGAAAUAUUUCAACCAUUUUUAUCAAAGCUAUAUACAAGAGAAUGA